CAGGCACAAGCACCGCACUCGUAAAAUCCUCUCCUGUCCUAUUUUCUUUUCUCUAAGACGCCAGCACGACGAUGCUGCAGAUGAGGUCCGCCGCAACCGCCGCGCCGUGCUCCCUUGCCACGCUUCUGCUCCGACGCCUUUCCUUGUACUCAUCCUCUCCCGUGUAUUCGAUCCGCCACCACGCCCCGGCUGCCCUCUCCUCCCAGUCCUCCGGCACCUGGUCCCCUCCUCCUCUUUCUUGCAGCCCCAGGGCCAGGGGCUUCUCGGCCUGGGCCUCUUCUUCGGGGCCGGUGGGGCCCGCCGAAUCCCCCGCUACGAAGGCGCUGGAGGCCAAGAUCAAGGAGCAGCUGGAGGCGGACGCGGUCACCGUCGUCGACACCUCUGGGGAUGGUCGCCACGUCGUCAUAGACGUGGUUUCGAAGGUGUUCGAGGGAAAAUCUGCAGUAAAUAGGCAGAGAAUGGUUUACAAGGCUAUAUGGGAAGAGCUUCAGAGCACCGUGCAUGCCGUGGACCAAAUGACUACCAAGACACCUGCUGAAGCUGCUGCGAACAAGUAAUCGACAUCUGCAUAAGACAUACGAGAAGACGGAUAAACUGUUGUAUGGAGAUCUGACCAUUGUCUCAAUCACGUUUACGUUCUUUCCAGGGUACUAUUAUUCUACAUGUGAAUGGUCAAUAAUUCAAAGUUGUUGGAUUUGA